AUGCCGUCUAGGACGGAUGGAGAGAGUGCCGAGGAGAGUGAUCUGGAUAGUGAUUAUCAGCUGAGCCUCGGUCGCGAACGGUACCUCGAGUCGAUACACGUUGCCCCAUCACCCGAAUCUUCCUCGAGCACCACGCCAUCCUUCCUCUCCUGCCCCUGUGAUUCAAUUCCAUUACAACUCCAUACUCCAACCUGUCCCUACCCAGAUUUCCAAAACCCUUUGGCUAUGAACGCGUCAAGACUCGAAACCAGUACCCCAACUCGUCAACAAGCCUCGCGCGCAAGGCCUCUCAACGAGCCGGUCGUGUCACCUUUGGCUUACGAGAUGUCCAUGAUCGGAGAGAAGGGGGUCCACCUCGAUACCGAUGAUGGUGGGGGAGGGGAGCAUACCCCCCACGAAUAUCAGGAGGACGGGGCCGAGGUUGUUUCUGCAGCCUAA